UAGAGGUGGAAAGUACGUCAGAUAAUCCAGGAAAGUUUUGUAAAGCAGCUGCAAACAACAAUAACAAACCCUUUAUAAACCAACACCCCCCAGGGGUUCAGCGUUUUCUUUUCAGAGAGAGUGAUUUGGGGCAUCUAUAUUCACUUUUUUCUCCAAUUAAAAAGUGUAACCUGCAUGAUUCCUGAAGCAGCAGGGGGCGAACAAAAGACAAGUUUGUCUGUCUGGGGGCUUUAUUGCUUCUUUUUCUCCUUUUGUCCAUGCAGUACGUUUCACUACCACCACAAUGCCCAUUUUACUUUUCCUGAUAGACACGUCCGCCUCUAUGAAUCAGCGCACCUAUCUGGGCACUACCUAUCUGGACAUAGCUAAAGGCGCUGUUGAGACUUUUAUGAAGCUCAGAUCCAGGGAUCCAGCCAGUAGAGGAGACAGGUACAUGCUCGUCACGUUUGAGGAUCCGCCUUACGGCAUCAAGGCUGGAUGGAAGGAAAACCAUGCAACAUUCAUGAAUGAAUUGAAAAACCUCCAGGCUGUGGGACUCACAACUAUUGGUCAAUCUCUCAGGACAGCUUUUGAUUUAUUAAAUCUAAAUAGAUUAGUUUCUGGAAUAGACAACUAUGGCCAGGGUCGAAAUCCUUUCUUUCUCGAGCCUGCAAUUAUUGUUACAAUCACAGAUGGGAAUAAACUCACAAGUACCAGUGGAGUUCAGGAUGAGCUGCACCUUCCUUUGAACACACCGUUACCUGGAAGUGAGUUAACAAAAGAACCCUUUCGCUGGGACCAGCGUCUUUUUGCACUUGUGCUCAGGAUCCCAGGUAAAAUGACAGUAGAACAGGAGCAAGUGUUUGGUGUACCCCUGGAUGAUUCGCCUAUUACACCAAUGUGUGAUGUCACAGGAGGUCGCUCAUAUAGCAUUUGUUCACAGAAAAUGUUAAAUCAAUGUCUGGAGUCGCUAGUACAAAAAAUUCAGAGUGGGGUAGUGGUACACUUUGAGAAGACAGGACCUGAUCUACAAAAUUUAGAAGAUGGGUCACUAGAUGUCACUAAAGUUAAUCUUCAACCUUGGCAUAGCUGCCACCGGCUAAUUUAUGUUCGCCCGAAUCCUAAAACAGGGGUACCUAUUGGUCACUGGCCAAUCCCGGAGUCUUUCUGGCCAGAUCAAAAUUCGCCAACACUGCCACCUCGUAGUGCCCACCCUUUGGUAAGAUUCUCUUGUGUGGAUUCAGAGCCAAUGGUAAUUGACAAGCUUCCUUUUGAUAAAUAUGAACUUGAACCAUCUCCGCUCACACAGUACAUCUUGGAAAGGAAAUCCCCACAUAUUUGCUGGCAGGUAUUUGUUGGAAAUAGUGCAAAAUACAGUGACCUUGGCCUGCCCUUUGGUUAUUUAAAGGCCAGCACAGCUUUGAAUUGUGUUAAUCUAUUUGUCAUGCCAUAUAAUUUUCCAGUGCUGCUUCCACUUCUUGAUGAUUUGUUCAAGGUUCACAAACUUAAGCCAUCAUUAAAAUGGCGUCAGUCAUUUGAGACCUAUUUGAAGAGCAUGCCUCCUUAUUAUAUUGGGCCCUUAAAGAAGGCAUUAAGGAUGAUGGGAGCUCCUAAUGUAAUUGCUGAGAAUAUGGAAUAUGGUUUAAGUUAUAGUGUUGUUUCUUAUCUCAAAAAGUUAAGUCAACAGGCUAAAAUAGAAUCUGAUCGUGUCAUUGCAUCAGUUGGAAAAAAACUUGUGCAGGAAACUGGAAUUAGAGUGAAAAACAAAUUCUCAGUCUUAUCUUUGGCUCAACACAGAAACUUCAGACAGCUUCUUCAGGGGAUAGAUGCUGAAGCUCAACACCACCUACUAGAGAUCAACAUGAAAGAGUUUUCUGGAUUUCAAAUAGCCAACCUUAAUAAGGACGUUAAGCCUCAGAGUUUUCGGAAUGCAUAUGACAUACAAAGGAGAAAUCUUUUGGAUCAGUUAACAAGAAUGAGGUCAAACCUUUUAAAAGCUGCCCGAGGACUGCUAAAAGGACAAGAUGAAGAUCAGAUACAUAGUAUCACCAUUGCACAGAUGGGAAAUUAUCAAGAAUUUUUGAAGAGUUGCCCUUCUCCAUUGCGUGAGGUGGAUCCUGAUCAGCCAAAAAGACUGCAUACAUUUGGAAAUCCUUUUAAAUUAGACAAAAAGGGAAUGAUGAUUGAUGAAGCUGAUGAGUUUGUGACUGGUCCUCAAAAUAAAAAUAAGCGACCCGGAGACUCUAACUUGCAGGGAAUGCUGAAGAGGCGAAGGAGCAUGUCUCCUUUAUUCAGGGGAGCACACCUUGUUUCUGCACAAGGAGUCACUAACCACACAGGUGGAAAGUUAUCAUUAGCUUCACCUGCAAAACUGACUCAAACAAACAAUGAAAACUCUGUAUGUAACGCUAAAGUUUUGGAAACAAGUCCUGUUGUUUAUUUGAAUAGCGUGCUUGAAAACAACAUUGAGAAUGAACAGAAGCAAGAUCUGGAAGACACACGUGCCUCUGUAAACUCAGAAAACUCAUCUUUUGAGUCUCUCUCUGAAGUGGAAAAUCAUAUAGAGGACGUCUGCAUUGACCUCUACCCAGAUAUGUUCAUUGAAAAUCUGGAAGACGAGCAGAAACUUGCACAGUCUCCAAGCAAAAUUAAAAGGAUGAAAGAAUUAAGAUGUCAAGAAAAUAAUGCAGAACUUAAAGUUUUGAUUAUCAGAGAGAUACGAAAACCUGGCAGAAGAUAUGAGAAAAUCUUCUUUUUUCUGGAGCAACUCCAAGGUACAUUACAAACCAGGAUAAUGUUUUUACAGAAUAUCAUGAAAGAAGCAGCCAGGUUUAAAAAGAAAGUCCUGAUAGAGCAGUUGGAAGGUUUCUUGGAAGAAGUCCACCAGCGGUACAGUCAAAUAAACCAUGUGGGAAAUACUAAAUAAGUGACUUGUGUAACGCUUCACUCACUGCAUUUUUGUAGCAGUACGAUUAUUUCUGUUAAAUUCCACUGUAAGAAUCUACCACAGCCUGAAUUCAAUGUCCACCUCUAUAGAAUCCUAUGGUCGCAUUUUACUCCUAUAUAUAUUAUUUAUCCAUGAGUUUACUCUUUACCUGUUGGAAAAGUUUAUGAGGAAACUUGUGCAAAGCAAAAAAUGCAAGCCAUUAUUAAGAUUACUUAAGUUGUAUAUGGUUAUAUUUUUAUUGAUGUAUGUAGCUCUAAUCUCUAAAUGAUGGAAAAAUUUAAACAAACUUAGAAGAUUGUACCAAUAGUCAGGAAAAUAGUUGUACAGGUAUGUGGAACUGAAUAGAUUAUUCAAGUGCAUCAGGCCAACAUACACUUUUGUGAACAGCGACAGUUUCUCAACUGAAGUCUAAGCAUUCUCUAUUCUUGUGCAGUCUAAGUGCGGCAGUUGUGGGGCCAUUGUCUAAUUUUUGCUGAGUGUCCAUCAGGUUAGUGUCAGCAUUGUAACAAAAAAAAAA